UGUCAGCUAGUUCUGCCUCACCGAAGAAAAUAACCAAAGCCGACUGACUGGCAGCGCAGCAUUCCUCGAUACAUUGCUUGGUGCACGGUUGAAGGGAAUCUUAAGUCAGUUCGAAAGUAGACCCACAGUUGUAUGGACGUUUUGUUGUCGCGAGUAACAUAACGCGCGCUAUCGAAAUACGGUGGCAUUCCACAUUGAAAUUCAAAUAGCAAAAGGAUUGAAUUUUUGGGAAAUUGAAAAUUGAUGUGGAUAGUGUUGUGACAAUUUACUAUUGGAUUAUCAUUCCGCUUCAAUCGAAUAAUUCGUUCGAUUCUCCGAUUGGAAUCUUGAUUGUGAGAAAAUCGCCGGAUCCCCACCCGCGCGGCAGGUGGGGUAUGUGGGAGUUGAACCUCACUAAAAACUCCUGCCGCUCACAACCGGCGCCCUACCUCGGACCGGGCCGGAGCCCAGUCGGGACUAUUGAAACGGCGGGACAGGGUUGACGCAGAGCACAUUACAUCCAUCCCACCGUCCCACGGACGCCGGACCGGUGGCCGCCAGCGAAACGACCACCGGUUCCCUCGUAAGACUCUGAGACUUACUAGGUUUUCAUAUGGUCGAUGCACCUUACCAGGUUUUUGAAAUGGUUGAACACGAAGAAAUAACGGGGGAAGUGCGCAGGGGCCGGAGCAAGUCAUAACAUGUAAACUCUCGCUUCAGUCAGCGUCGACGUGCGAAUGAAAUAACUUAAACUCUUGUAACUUUAUAUUAGUUUGUUCUUCAUAAAAUGCAAUUUUACCGUGCGAAAAAGAUUAUAGCUGCCGUUAAUAACAAAAAUAACAUUAUGGGCUGUUAUUCAGAGACGGAAAAGUGAUUUGAUGAGCCUCUCCAAAAGUUGGACUUUCUUAUGAAAAAAUUUGAUUGCACCGUUCCUCCUAAAAGUAUUGAAAUUCCAAGAGGCAUUAAACAAAAAAAAAAAGAAGAAAUUAUUAAUAAAUUGAUCUCACGUGAGGAAAUGAAAACGCAUUAAACUCAAUGGACACCUUAACGUGGUUAUCGCUCGGGCUGCAACUGGCAGCGUUAUGUUCUAUAGUCGGAGCACUACUCUUGUACUUGCUCAGGAAAGUCAGGGUGGCGGAGGUUCUACCUGUGGACAGCGCAAAGACCGUACUUGUCACUUCUGUGGACACCGCACUUGGAUUGCAGAUAGCAACAUACCUUAGUGGUCGCGGGUGGCGAGUAAUUGCUGGAUGUCGGUCCGGAGGCCUUGGGGCUCGGCUCGCUGAUUCCUGGCUGCAAGCUCACGUCGCGUCAACUUCUGAGAAUGAGCCUCCUCCGAGACUUGUGACUCUUGACCUGGACGUUGCUAGAGAAGACAUGUUGGAGGAAGCCGCGAGAGCUACGGCGCAGCAUUUACCGGCUGGCGAGCACGGUAUUUGGGCUGUAAUCAACACGGCUGGUAGCAGCGGACGAGGUGGUGCGUCUUGUUGGGAGAGCGCACUUCGGGGCAACGUACUUGGAGCACUCCGCGUCGCGCGCACCUUCUCCCCACUAUUGGCGGCUGCUGCAGCUGAUCACCCUUAUGCCGGACGACUUUUUUACAUAGGUUUGACAUCGGACACGGCGUGCGAGAGUCUAGCCCGGACCGAGGCUGAGAACGGUGAAGGCAGUGCGGGCGCCGCGGCGGUGCGUUGGGGGACAUGGGGCGCCGCACGCGCACUGCGCGCCAGUCUUCGGUCAAGGCGUCUGAACGUAGUGCUACUACACGCACCGGAUCUGUCUGCUGCCGAGAUAUACGCUCCACCGGCGCAAUUGCAACCGCCCAGUCAACCGGUCAGCCGCCCUGAUACGCCGAAUUCGGACGUUAGUGCAUCGACAGCAUACUGCGCGGUGACGAUGCCCGGCGAAGCAGCCGAAUACAGCGCGAAAGUUCUGCCAACGUGCGCUCUCAAAGUAUUGGAGGAAGCUUUAAUCGCACCGUCUCCACGCGAUUCGUACUAUCUCAAAGUAAAACAGGACUCGUGGUUCACGAGAAUGCCCUCGCUCAGGGUUGUCCCUUAAAUUCGGAGGGAUUUAAAUUUCGCUGCCAAAUUUAAUUGAAAAUAACUUUAUUUUACAUUAAUUAACAAUGAAACAUCGAAAUUUUCCCAUCACUUUAAAAAACAAUCUUUACCAAAUUUGCACCGUUCUAUUUAUAAAAUAUUUUGCACGGCAAAUAAACUGUGGCUUUUUUUAAUAAAACAGCUAAAUUUAUUUUGUGAAAUAAUCAAAGGUUACAUAUAAUUAAUUACCUGCUGAAGGUGGAGGAUACCAAAUAUUCAUAAAAAAAACUUUGGUGCUUUAUUAUCAUUUCAUUAUUAUCGUUUUGUCAGUUUUCAUAGUUACAUCACUAAAAUAAAUAAAUGACGAUCGCAUUGCUGUAAUUACAAUCAUUUAAUAUUAGCUUAGAAUUAAUAAGAUUUUCGAUUAAUUUUUAUGUAUCUACGACCUGCUAAUCCCCUAAAAUCGACUGCACGGGAUAGUGGAUGCGUUGUGCCAAUUAUUAAGUUGUUUUUUUAAUCAAACAACGCCGCGAUGGACUUUUCUAUCAAACUGCAAAUUACAUUUGAAACAUUGUAAUUAUUUCGAAACAGUCGAGAGAAUUGUAAAUACAUCAAGCUCACGUUGUGCCAACGAUUUGGAACGAAUUAUAGUUAAGCAAUGAAUUUAUACACAUAAUAAAAAAGGGAUAUCCCCUCUAAGCACUAAUACAGAUAGGAUUAGUGAAGAAGCGAAUAUUUCCCAAAUUCUGUUCAAUAUCUAGACAUUAUUUAUAUCCGGUUAAUAGCCGAUAGUAAUAUCCACUUUUUCUUUAUUGUGACUUAUGCGUUGGAGACAACACUCAUGUAAAUAUUAGUUUUUGUGUUGUAUAUUAAACGAGUAAUAUUUU